AUGAACUCACAAACUGAUAAGCUGGUGAGGAGGACAACUAUGGUGGCCACCGUUACUGCUGGCUAUUUCCUCUUGACUGCUGACUAUGGCUCUGAGCCCAAUGCUCUCGACCCUGUUAAGAGGGCGAUACAGUCUGCUGAAAGUUCUGUGAAAGACUUCAUCUUUGGAGCAAAGAGGCAACCUGAAAAAGAAAUUGAAAAGCUGGCCCCUAACAGUGCUAAGGAACAUCCUUAG